CGGUUCCGCGGGAGGGACCGGACCUCAAGGAGUACAAGUACCUGCGCGGAAAAUCGUGGUGGUUUAGGGUGCACGACACAUCCGAAAAGGCUGUUCAGUUCGAUGCUCGCAUCCCGCACCUCACCCACGAGGCAGAAAUCGGGCGCUUCGCAAUUUUGUUCUACCCGCAUGAGGGAUAUGCGACACUCAAAAAUCGAGCAGGGUUCGAAAAGGUGAAGAAAACUCUGCAAGGGCGGGGCUUCCGCCCGCCGCCACACCCUUUUGACGACUUGGAUCCAGCUGCGCCGGAUGAGCACGAAGACCACGACCCAAGCCUCUUCCUUUCCGACAAUAGGCAUAAAGUGCUCGCUUCUUCGGCGCGUCGGCAGGAUAAGCGAAUGAUCCCUGAAGAGCACUCUUCGAGCUCGAUAGCACUCCGUAGAAGUCUCCACCAAUCUCCGGCACCCGUAGUGCACCGCGCAAAAAGGUUUGUCGAAAAACCACAAGCGUCGCCGUCCCAGCCUGACUACACGAAUCAAGACAUUCGAAACGGUUUGCGAGACUACCAGGUGCCGCUGUUCGACAAAAUUCUGGCGUCCAAGGAGAGUGGUGGCGGCAUCGUGGAUUGCGCCACCGGAAUCGGGAAGAGCUUGCUGCAGUUUGCCGCGAUGCUGUACCUACAUGAGACCGGACAGCGCUGCCGGCUUUCGAUCUUGGUCACUCCGCGACUAGCGUUGCAGAAGCAAAUGGCCGCCUACAUCCUGGACCGGGGAAAGUGCCAGGUCAUUGCCAAAGCCAGCGGCAGCAGGAAGCACCUCUUUGUGGGGUCCGACAGCGACGAGACUCAGAAGUACUUCGACUCAUGCCGGGCAAACUCUCAGCGGGAGGUGCAUGCAGAGUACUGCAAUGCAACGCGAGACAAGGCGAAAGUACACGCGUUUUUGGCAGAACCGGGAUCAAAGCAGAUCAUUGUCACCUACGACUCCCUGUGGCCCCUGCUUGAAGCGGUGCACGAGGACACGACAGUGAGCAUCGACAUCGCAGUCCUGGACGAAGCUCACCGUGCGGCGGGAGAAGAGAAGUUCCGGGGCGUUUUCGAACCUGAGAAGGGAUUGCGCGCGAGGUCGCGCUGGACCUUGUUCUUCUCAGCAACCCCAGCUAAGCUGCAGAAAAAGCUUGUGAAAAAGAAAAUCACGCCGGCGCUUCCAACCAUCUGUGAUUACCCCGCAUGGAAAGCAGUCGGUGAGAAUGUGCUGUGUGGGAUCGAGCUCGUUAUGGUCGCGAUGCCGGAAUCUAGUAGUGCCGAUGGGACUAGUACCGCGGGGAACAAGGUGCUUACUGGCAGCUUUGCUUCUCUGGAAGACCACAAUGGCCAGGAGGCUGAAGAGGACUCAAGGCUACAUGCUCCCGAUGAACUAGAUGAGUCUUCUCGACCAGGAGAACGUCAGGCCGAACACGAAGCGGGUGGCUGCUGCAGCUUCGAUCGGAAGGAGUUCCUCCGGCGACUGUUUCGCGUCUGCUUCUGGACUUGCAAACACGAAUAUCAGUUUGUGAUUGUUUUCUGUAGCUUCUUGAACGCGCGCGACGCAGGGCAAAGCUCUGUGAAUGGAUUUCGCGAUAAUGUGGACGAAAUCUUUGAGGUGCUUGACCUGGUACGAGCGGAAGUUAAGAAGACCGAUCCUGAGCUAGCGAACAGACGGUGCAAGCCUGACGCAAAGAACAUGUACUUUCUGGACGACCGCACUAGUGUGGAAAGCGUGACGAAGAACUUCCAAGAACCAGGACAGCCUGGGGACAUGAAGAUCGUGUUUGCGGCCAACAAGUUGAACGAGGGCAACGACCUUCCGUACGCAAACGUAGCCGCCCCUGCAUACCUUCCCGGCGAUGAGGACAAGUGGAUCCAGAUGUGCGGUCGGGUAAUGCGCAACCCGCGCUACGAACCUGGUUCCCGACCGAAACCUGUAACCGUCAUGUUGCCUAUCCCGCUACCCCUCGAGCGGAUCCGGAAAGGAAAGACCGUGCUGGUAAGGAAAGACCGGCUGCGCGAGGCACUGGCCGACAAGAUGGUCGAAGCAAGGUUCAUUACUCGCUUUUGCUGCGCGCUUGAUCUAAUGGAAAAGUUUUCUCGGAGUGAAGCCUUUUCCCAGGAGGAGGAUGCGAUUCUCAAAUACCUAGUGCGGUCUGGUUCUACAGAACGAGCUCAUAGUGCAGCUGAGAUUGACAGCAGCGCCCAUCGGCCAGUCUCCGAAGUAGAGAAAUCCGUUGUAGCACCACAACUAGUCGCCGAUGCCGAACUGACAGCGUACGCAAAAGCUCUGCCAUUGAAGCUCUUUGGCGAAGACAUUUCAGCUAUGUUGGACGUUUCUCGUGAAGAUGCGGAAGCUGCAUUGCGGGACGCUUUUCUUUCAACCGGGACAGAGAUUGCAGAGGACAUUUGGACUAAGAAAGUGACAGUCCUGAAGAACUAUGUGAAGACCAACGCGACCCGAUAUCCGGAUGUCAAUUCUCCGGAGCGUGCCUUGUGGGUAUUCUACGAGCAGCAGAAGCACAGCAGGGACCUGUUCGGCACCAUGGGUAAGCGCGGCGAGGCCCGGAUCAAGAUGCUAGAGGCGAUCGAAAAUUUUCAAUGGAGUGCGAACCCGUGGAAAGUUUCAAAGAUGUCCAAUAAGCGUGCCGCCAAACACGUCGAACCAAGUCAGAGCUCUAGUGCAAACGCUCGGUCCGCCAAAAAGCCACGUCAGGUGCAGUGGCUCUCCUUCGAGAAAAGCAAAAUGAAAAACGGGCCGGCCGAAGCAAAAAUUACGCAGAAGCACGCGGACACGAUUACGAAGGACGACAUUAUCGGCUUGUUGGAUGGGAGCAUUGACGCAAGAACAAAGGGCGGGGUCCCUUGGGUGCCGCGAAACUUUUUUGAUGCCCUGGGUGAUUCUCCGCUUUCACACGAUCCGGACGUCGUGGCGGCCUGGCUAAACAAGGUUGCCGAACAAGAGUUACCCCAAGCGUUCCCGCACCAGGAUAGCCAGCUUCCGGCAUACGCGUUUCCGCCGAUGCCAGUCCCCUCGACGGAACAGCUUAUCGCGUGCUGCGAAAAACUGCCGAAGAUGACACCGCAAGGCUAUGAGCGCUGCGUUGCCGCAAUACUGGGGACGGAAAAACCUGCCGCGGCGCUCGUCGCGACACUCUGUACGCAGACCAAGGGUUUACAGAAGGUGGUUCCAGUUGCUCGAGUGCUUUCACGAGCGGAAGAAAAAUACCCUGCUUUGAAGGGCAAGUGGAAAGUGUGAAUCAUGGCAGCUGCGUCAUCGCCAACGUAUGGGUGUCGAUUCCGACAAUGCAGAUCAGCCUGCUGCUCUGAGCUGUCGCGGUCCUUUCGCUUCAAGAAAAGUAAUACAAAAAUUCCACAACCGAAACACUUCUCUGAAGUGACUUCUGAUCAGUCCCAUAUUCCACCCGUUGAAAAGAACAGCGGUGUUGCAGACUUCGCGGCCACAUAAUGCAAGAACUCUUCGGAAGCGGACACGGACAACA